UCCUUGCUAACCUCUCGCUGUCUGUUAUUUUCUGCAACAAGAUGGCUGUCGCUCCCGAGAGCAGAGUCCUCACUUUCAGCGUUUUUAAAUGGAGCUCUUACUCGUCUACAUAUUUACCUGAGAAUAUCUUGGUGGAUAAACCUAACGAUCAGUCCUCCAGGUGGUCUUCUGAGAGCAACUAUCCUCCACAGGUGGAGGGCUGUCCAGCAAAUGGAUUCAGUCGGUAUCUCAACUCACCAGUAGGAUUUGUGAAACAGCUGUGUCAUCUGGAUUGUCUCUCUCCAUCUGCCAGUGGCCUUAAGAAUGACUACAACAAGGAAACGUUCACCUUAAAGCACAAGAUCGACGAGCAGAUGUUCCCCUGCAGAUUUGUCAAAAUAGUGCCUCUGAUGUCUUGGGGUCCGAGUUUCAACUUCAGCAUCUGGUACAUUGAGCUGCAUGGAAUUGAAGACCCAGAUGUGGUGCAGCCCUGCCUUAACUGGUAUAGCAAGUACCGAGAACAGGAAGCCAUCCGCCUUUGCCUGAAGCACUUCCGACAGCAUAACUACACAGAGGCCUUCGAGUCGCUGCAGAAGAAGACUCGAAUAGCUCUGGAGCACCCCAUGCUAACCCACCUGCACGACCGACUGGUGCUGCAAGGAGACUUUGAUGCCUGUGAGGAGCUGAUAGACAAAGCUGUGAGAGAUGGCUUGUUUAACCAGUAUAUCAGCCAGCAGGAGUACAAGCCCAGGUGGAGUCAGAUCAUCCCCAAAUGCAACAAAGGUACAAGCGCCCAAGACAUCAACCGAGACGACAUGAACAGUGACGGUGACGACAACAGGCCGGGGAUGAGGGGAGGACAUCAAAUGGUCAUUGACGUCCAAACUGGUGAGACCCACACAGCGCACUGUUAUGACUCACGUCCUCCUGUGCACGCUGAGCUCGCAAAGCUCUGCUGCUACACACGUGUAAGCAUGUCUCCUGUGUAACAGAGUGGUCCGAGUGCUCGCUCAUGCCACAAGAUGUGCAUCGACUCACAGCGGCGACAGAUCUACACGCUGGGCCGUUACCUGGACUCCAGUGUCAGGAACAGCAAGUCGCUGAAGAGCGAUUUUUACCGCUAUGACAUAGACGCCAACACCUGGACGCUACUAAGCGAAGAUACGUCGGCCGACGGAGGGCCAAAGUUGGUGUUUGACCACCAGAUGUGCAUGGACUCUGAGAAGCACAUGAUCUACACGUUUGGGGGUCGGAUCCUGACGUGUAACGGAAGCGUGGACGACAGCCGGACGUCGGAGCCGCAGUUCAGCGGCCUGUACGCCUACCACUGCCAGCUGGGGACGUGGAGCCUCCUGCGGGAGGACUCGUGCAACGCUGGCCCAGAGGAUGUUCAGUCCCGUAUCGGGCACUGCAUGCUCUUCCACACUAGGAACCGCUGCCUCUAUGUGUUUGGUGGUCAGAGGUCAAAGACGUACCUCAAUGAUUUCUUCAGUUACGAUGUGGAUGGAGAUCACGUAGAAAUCAUAUCUGAUGGCACCAAGAAAGACUCUGGGAUGGUGCCGAUGACGGGCUUCACCCAGAGAGCCACCAUCGACCCUGAGCUCAACGAGAUCCACGUCCUGUCCGGCCUCAGCAAAGACAAGGACAAACGCGAGGAAAAUGUGCGCAACUCCUUCUGGAUCUACGACAUCGCCCGCAACAACUGGUCUUGUGUGUAUAAGAACGAUCAGGCAGUGAAAGAAAACCCCAGCAAGGCUCUGCAGGAGGAGGAGCCAUGUCCACGCUUUGCUCACCAGCUGGUCUACGAUGAGAUGCACAAAGUGCAUUACUUGUUUGGGGGAAACCCCGGGAAGUCUUGUUCUCCUAAGAUGCGCCUGGAUGACUUUUGGUCCCUCAAACUGUGUCGGCCCUCCAAGGAAUACCUGCUGCGCCACUGCAGAUACCUCAUCAGAAAAUACAGGUCUGUGCCUUUAAAAGCUACCAGCAGCCAUCAGUGUAGUCUACACCCUGAACCCUUUACCCUAGAGCAGGAAUGCUCAGUAAGUAUUCAUCUCUGAGGUGAACAGUUUAUCAAGUUUAACGUGGAAUCUUCUGGAUUUCUCUCACGAUCUAAGAAUCUCAUGUUUAAUUUUUUUAUUAAACAUGAGAUUCUUCUUCUGCUUUCAUAUUUUUCUUACUUCACAUAUAAGCUGUUUGUCACUCCCAGCUGCAGCAGAGAGCUGCCUCUUUCAUGAGCCCAGCCCAGCCCGCUGUGACCAACGGGAUAAACUAACAAUAAAUAAGAUUUUUUUAAUUGCUUCAUUUAUAGUUAUAAAGUUAUAAGUUGGGGC